AUGGCCAAGGAAAUCAAAGACAUAAAAGAGUUUGUUGAAUUAGCUAGAAGAUCAGACGUCAAAUCAGCUAUUGUCAAAGUCAACACCAAGAUCAACGCCAAUGGUAAAAAGUUUAGACAAACUAAAUUCAAAGUCAGAGGUUCUAAAUAUCAAUACACUUUGGUUGUCAACGAUGCUACUAAAGCCAAGAAAUUGCAACAAUCAUUGCCACCAACUUUGAAAAUCACCAACUUAUAA